AUGCCCUCCGUGAUGUUGUCUGCGGUAUUAGAAGAGGAGCCCGACCUAUAUGAGGCAUUCCCCCCUCAUGUUGAUCCAUCAGGAAUAACUAUUUUAACAGACAGCCCUCCAGGCAAGAAAGCGCCUCUGAAGACCUUCGAGGAACUGCAGCCGCUCCUCCAGCAGGGCCGCAAACGGGAUCUCAAACUGCUCAUCAGAGAGAACUCCUGGCCUAUCAACAGCCCCAUACGAGCGUCCCUCUGGCCGGCUCUCUGCCGACAGCAUCAACAUGGAAAGUCUAUGCUCGAUGGUUUCUAUUGGGACAUGGUUACACAGGUAUUCGGUACAGUGGAGCUGCCGGACAAGCCGAUCAUGUUGCCACCGUUUGUGGAGGCGACCCACUGUCUGGGUUACCAUCUGACGAGGAAGGGUCGCGCGGUCGCGGACAGGGUGGUCUCUGUCCUUGGAUACGCCUGCCCGGACAUCACAUACAGCCCCAGCCUUUAUCCCAUCACCGCUGCACUACUGCACUUCAUGCCUGAGGAGGAAUGCUACCACUGCAUGGCCAGUCUGGUGGCGUCCAAGGAGAAGAUGUUCAUAACACAGACAAAACUACUCAACGAAGUCACAUGGAAAACUGUUAUGCAGAUUGCUAAAAAACAUGCCAAGUCGGCCGCCCAGCAUCUGUCACGACUGUCUGGCACCAUUGGCCCGGAGCGGAUCUACGCUGACUGGCAGUGGUGGAUAUUGGCAGCGUUGCCAUUCCCACACCUUGUUAGGGUGCUCGACUGCUUCUUCCACGAGGGCAUGAAGGUAUUCUACAGGGUAGCCCUCGCGAUACUCAUCCUGUUCCAAAAGCACUCCAGCAACCAGAGCUCGGAGUGGUACGCGGAGGCCACCAAGAACGGGGUCGACCACGCCGUAGACAAGUUCUGUAGGAACAUGCCCGCCUCGCCGACCAAACUAUUAAGAACCGCCUUUAGUAUAAGGGCCUUGAGCUCACAGUACAUAUCCAGGGUGUUCAUUAAGACGGAGAUGACUCUCAAGUCGAAGCAGGUGAUAUCUGGGCUGAGGCUUGUCCGUUCCCGUUCGUCCGAUAACUUGCCGACGAGCCAGUCACAGGUCAACAUACAGAUGAUGUCGCACACGCUCACCAUACGAGAGAGAAUGUCUGAGGAGACGUGCAAACAGAUGGGCUCCCAUUCGCCGGGCCCUCGAGCCCUGUCGAUGGGCGUUUAUCCGAUUCAAGCGAUCAAGUCGCAGAUUCUAGACCAGAGCGAAUUGUUCACGUUGUGGUCGUGGCUACCGAUUCGUAUCACCAUGUAUCAGCCUGUGCUACUCUACACCACUGAAGAGCACGGCUGUUCAUUGACAACAUUCUACGUUAGAGUGGAACAUCACGAACCUACCUUACUCAUGAUUAAGACUUGCAAUAAUGAGGUAUUUGGAGCGUAUUGUUCUACGCGGUGGUUUGAAAGGAACCAAAAAGACGAACGUGGCAACAGACAAGCUUACUUCGGUACUGGAGAGACGUUUCUCUUCAGCCUUUACCCGGAGCGCGCCAAGUACCCAUGGGUUGGGUGUUCUAUGGGGUUGGAAGGGAAGGGGGAGGAGAGGGUCUCACACGGCUCGGAGCUGUUCAUGGCUGCUGACUCUAAGAUGAUCACCAUAGGAGGCGGUGACGGCCAGGCUAUCUGGAUGGAUGAGAACAUCCGCUUCGGUAAGACGGACCGCUGCUCCACCUUCAACAACCCGCCGCUGUGUCCGGCCGGGGACUUCGAGAUCCGCGUGCUCGAGGUGUACGGCUUCUCCGGCGCAUAG